AAUAACGAAAUGGUGGAACUACAGAGGAUACGAAUGAAAGAUGAAAUUCGAGAAUACAAGUUUCGAGAGGCGAGACUCCUACAGGACUACACCGAGCUUGAAGAAGAAAACAUCACUUUACAGAAACUGGUGUCCACACUGAAACAGAAUCAAGUUGAAUAUGAAGGCUUAAAGCAUGAGAUUAAACGAUUUGAGGAGGAGACAGUGUUGCUUAAUAGUCAGCUAGAAGAUGCCAUCCGGCUGAAGGAGAUUGCUGAGCAUCAGCUGGAGGAAGCUCUGGAAACUUUAAAAAAUGAAAGAGAGCAAAAGAACAAUCUGAGGAAGGAACUCUCCCAGUAUAUCAACCUCAAUGAUAGUAUGUAUAAUAACCAUAUUAAUAUAUCAGUAGAUGGAUUGAAGUUUGCAGAGGACGGGGGCGAGCCCAACAAUGAUGACAAAAUGAACGGACAUAUCCACGGGCCUCUUGUGAAACUCAACAGUGACUACCGAACUGCUGCGGGUAGGAAAGGAGAAUCUCUGCACCCCGUCUCUGACCUCUUCAGUGAGCUCAACAUAUCAGAAAUACAGAAACUGAAGCAGCAACUCAUGCAGGUGGAGAGAGAGAAGGCCAUUCUCCUGGCCAACCUGCAGGAGUCUCAGACGCAGCUGGAACACACCAAGGGAGCCCUGACCGAGCAACACGAGCGAGUCCACAGGCUCACGGAGCACGUCAACGCCAUGAGGGGGCUGCAGAGCAACAAGGAGCUGAAAGCUGAGCUUGACGGUGAGAAGGGCCGAGACCCCGGCGAGGAAGCACACGACUAUGAAGUGGACAUCAAUGGCUUGGAGAUCCUAGAAUGUAAAUACAAAGUAGCUGUUACUGAGGUGAUAGACCUUAAAGCAGAAAUCAAAGCCUUAAAGGAGAAAUAUAAUAAAUAUGUGGAAAACUACACUGAAGAGAAGGCCAAGUAUGAGAGCAGAAUCCAGACAUAUGACGAACAGGUGACAAACCUGGAGAAGUCGACCAAGGAAAGCCAGGAAAAAAUGGUCCACAUGGAAAAGGAAUUGCAAAGGAUGACAAGCAUAGCAAAUGAAAACCAUAAUACCCUCAACACCGCCCAGGACGAGCUGGUGACGUUUAGUGAGGAGCUGGCUCAGCUUUACCAUCAUGUCUGCCUGUGCAACAAUGAGACACCCAACAGGGUCAUGUUGGACUAUUACAGGCAAAGCAGAGUCACCCGCAGCGGGAGCCUGAAAGGACCAGACGACCCUCGAGGUCUCCUUUCCCCCCGGCUCGCCAGAAGGGGGGUGGCAUCGCCUGUAGAAGCCAGGACCCCGACCGAGCAGGUGACGAAAGAGGUCACGGAGCCUGGCAAGGAACAGAGCCCGACAAAAACACCUACCAUUUCUCCUGUUAUCACAGCCCCUCCUUCCUCCCCCGUCUCCGAUACCAGUGAUAUCCGCAAAGAGCCGAUGAACAUCUACAACCUCAAUGCCAUAAUAAGGGACCAAAUCAAGCACUUGCAGAAGGCUGUUGAUCGGUCGCUGCAGCUGUCGCGCCAGCGUGCUGCAGCUCGGGAGCUGGCGCCCAUGAUCGAUAAAGACAAGGAGGCCUUAAUGGAAGAGAUACUGAAACUGAAAUCACUCCUGAGUACAAAGCGAGAGCAGAUCGCAACCCUGAGAGCAGUGCUGAAAGCCAACAAGCAG